AUGCGAGCAUACUUGUACGAUAACGCUCCUGGCGACCAGCGACUACCGCACGACUCUGGUAAGGGCGUAGAUGCUGCCGCCUUGGAGAAAUUAGGCGUGCUAUACUUCCGGUACCCAGAGGUGUCGGCCGUCGAUGAGCUGGCAAGCAAGCGCGGGUACAAGAACCGUGACGAAAUCACAGUCUCCCCCGAGAAGAUGGGCGAUAUAUAUGAGGAGAAGGUUAAGUCCUUCUUCCACGAGCACUUGCACGAGGAUGAAGAGAUCAGAUAUAUCCGCGACGGCCAGGGGUACUUCGACGUGCGAAGCAAGGGCGACGAGUGGGUGCGCAUCCAGCUUGAGAAGGACGACUUGAUCAUCUUGCCUCCGGGUAUCUACCACAGGUUCACUACUGAUGAGAGCAACUAUAUCCAAGCUAUGCGCCUUUUCAAGGACGAACCCAAGUGGACGCCGCUAAACAGGUCCGGCGAGCUAGAUGAGAACCAGUUCCGCAAGGAGUACGUUUCGCAUUACCUGAACUAG